AUGGAAGACACCGUGAUCCCUCUAUUCUUCAAUUCUUAUCUUUACCUACCCAAGGAUCCCCACAUUCGCAAUGGCUUCAUGGAGAUUUUACCUACGUUUUAUUCCAAUGCAAGCAUUGGCUCCCAUUUACAUACCAGCACAUUGGCCGUUGCCUACUUCACUGUCGCAGCGUGGACAGGCCAGGAGUCGUUACUUCGUGCUUCCCAUCGAUAUUUCACUCAGGCGUUGCCGAAGAUUAGGGAGACCUUACUGUCUAGCAAUGACAAUGAAUAUGGGAACCUUCUCAUGUCUAUUCUCAUGCUGUCAAUAUAUGAGGAAUUUGUUGCCAUGAAAGACUGGAAAAGGCCGGUAAAGGCCCAUUUGAAAGGCGCCGUAGCACUGGUCAAUAGUCGGAGACCUGAAAAGCUCCAAGAUUCUUCAUCAUCAUCCACUCUGCACAAUGCCGUUCAAGCUCAAAUUAUAAAAACUACUCGUGGCCUGGAGACCCCAAUGGUCCCAAUACCAGAAACCUGGCCACUAUCCCCUCCUAACACCACACCCUCUCCUCGCAUGUUCCUUUCAACAGCAGCUUCAGAAAUAGUGAGCCUGCGCCAAUCAUGGGAAAAACUAAUAUCCCAAGAACACAAUGAGACCGAUAUCAUAUCACUCAUCGACAGAGCAACAAAAAUUGAUCUCAAUCUAGUCUCAUGGACCUACCGGGUCCCAGAAAACUGGACUUUCGUUCCUGCAAGCAUAAUACCUCAAUCUGUUCGCGAUGCCGGGCUCUACCGUAAUUAUUGCGAUUGCUACUCAGAUAUGUGGAUAGCUUCCACAUGGAACUCCUAUCGUGAUUGCCGGAUCCUCGUGCAGAGCAUCAUGCUCAGCUGUCUCCGUCUCUUGCCCACUCAUGAUUCUGAUGGGAGCAAAUCAGCUGCUAUACAAUCAACGAUCAACAAGAUGGCUGAUGAGGUUUGUGCAUCCGUGCCAUACUACUUGGGUAGUCAGGUCGAAUGUGUACGCUUGCAGCAAGGUCUUAUUGCGUAUCCUUUCUCCGAGACAAGGCCCGUUACUUCUACGCACAAACAGUCUGCUCCUUUGAUGGGCCCUUGGCAUAUUCUUCCGAUUUUGCGAAAUCUUCACUCAUCGGACCUGCGCUUGCCACCGGAGCAAACCAUUUGGGUAGAAAAGCAGGUGAAUAGAGCUAUGCUCAUUUAUUUCCAGCGAUGA